AUGGCUCCGCUCAAAUCAAACUCCGAGAAGAGCAAUGCAUUCCACAUCACUCCUCCUCCUCUCUAUCGAGAAAUCGCGAUGCUUCUCGUCAUCGUCUCAGCACAAGCCAUGGUUCAAGCUCUGUUGGCUCAGGGAAUCUUCAUCACGUCGAUCAUUCGCGAGGAGUUUCAUACCAGCGUUGCUGAUGCAACAUGGGGACCUGCGGCAUAUGGACUUACAUCAGGCACCUUUAUGCUACCAGCAGGACGUAUUGGAGACAUGUACGGACACCGAGUAUGCUUGGUAGCGGCUCUCAUAAUCAUUGCCCUAUCGUCACUCAUGGCUGGCUUGAGCGUUUACGCUCACUCCUUCGUCUUCUAUGCCGUGUGUCGGGGUCUCCAAGGCGUUGGAUCUGCAGCCAUUGUGCCGUGUGCUCUUGCUUUGCUCGGAUCCACCUACCGCGAAGGUCCACGGAAGAACCUAGUCUUCUCUCUCUACGCGUUUGGCUCACCCGCCGGAUGGGUCCUUGGCUGUGUGUUCUCAGCUCUCUUCGCUCAACUGGCUUGGUGGCCUUGGAUGUUCUGGACCACGACAAUUGUGUGCAUGGUGCUAGCGGCCGCUACAGCUCUGGUGGUGCCACAGACUCGACAUUCAUCUGGCCUCCAGGAUGACAGCCAACGCCCGAAGUUUCAUCCAAUCAAUACCUUGGCUGGCGUCUCGGGGCUCGUCUUGUUUUGCUUUGCCUGGGUCAGAGCACCUGCAACGGGGUGGCAAGAUGCUGAGUGCAUUGCCACGCUCUGCGUGGGUGUUGCACUUUGCGUUGCUUUCGUAUUCUUGGAGCGAAUGGUGGACCACCCGCUACUUCCAGUGCGAGAACUGUCAUGGGAAGGCGGCUCAGCUCUUUUGGUGACCGGCCUUGCGUGGUCCUCCUUCGGUAUCACCGUGUUCUACGUCGUCACGUUUCUGGUCGAACUACAAGGAGAGUCGCUCUUGCUUGCAGCAGCAAAGCAGGUUCCGGUCUUGCCUCUCGGACUGGCCGCUUCCUUGCUCAACACCUUCUUGAUGGCCCGAGGAUUCAAUGGGGCAGAAAUCCUCACUCUGGCCACCGUGUGGUUCGUGGUUGACAGUAUUCUCCUCGCCACGAUACCUCUGUAUCAACUGUACUGGAAGCAACUUUUCUGGUUCUUUGUUGUAGCGCCUUUCGCCAUGGAUCUCAGUUUUCCAGCGGCAACGCUACUUCUCAGUCAAUCGGUGCCCCCGGAGCGUCAAGGUAUUGGUGCCUCACUGGUUGGCACCGUUGUCUACUACUCACAGGCACUGGGCCUUGGUAUAGCUGGUACCGUGGAAGCAUACACGGCCCAGCCGAACACUUUGCGCGGGUUUCGAGUGUCGCUGUAUACCUCGAUUGGCUUGUCCGGUGCGAGUCUGGUUGCAGCUGCCAUGACGCUUGUAGCAAUUUUGAUUCGUAGAAAGGAAGCAGCCAAAGAGGAUACGUCUGCAGACAUUGGAGAUGAGAAGGCCAUCAGGAACGACUGA